AUGGACGCAGCAGAGAAGCCAACAAAGCCGAGGCUCAUCUACCUCGCGCACUCCCCAAGCACCCAAGGAGUCCUAUGGCUCUUAGAAGAACUCAACGUAGAUUACGAUAUCACCAAAUUCGACCGACCCGUCAGCACCCUUCAACGCGGCAUGAAAGAAACCCACAUCCAAGGCCACGCACCCCAGCUCAUUCUUCCCGACGGGCGCGUAAUCACUCAAAUGAGCGCCUGCAUGCUCUAUCUCACCCAGACCUACUCCACCGUCCCAGCCGACCGUCUUCGCGAAGAGUAUCUCAUCAGUCUGGCUAUAAGCGAUAUCAUCGCCAGGUUGUCAAUAAAAUACCUUUUCUACGUCCUCCCAACACAAGUACCCUUCCCUCUGAGCUCCAUAGUGAGACUUUUGGGUUGGAGUUUGAACAAGGGGUGGUUAAAUGAGGAGGUUUACAAUGCGCUCCAGGUCGUUGAGAAUGAACUCGAGGGACGGGAGUACUUGAUGGGCAGUGAGUUGUCGAGGGCGGAUAUUGCGAUUAAAAUGAGUGUGGAUUUGGCUGUACAUCCUAAGAUGGUUAAUUUGGAGAAGUUCCCGAGGUUGAAGGAGUGGUAUGAACGGUGUGAAGCUAGACCAGCGUGGAAGCGGUCUUUGGAAGUGGGAAUUGGGUAUCAACUUGACUGGGCAGUUAGAUAUCGGGAGAGUCAAACUGGACCAACUUGGAAGUUGCCCGUCGUUGCAUUGGCUGGGGCUUUUGCUUCCUACGCAUACUUCUACGGUCUCAACUAG